AUGGUUAAAAUAGUAAAUGGAAAUAUAAUUAGAGAAACUUUACCAUCAACUUCAUUCUUUACAAAGCGAAGACAUUCUCUAUCAUCUCUUGGAGACCUAAGAGGUCACAGAGACUUUCCUAAAUAUCCAUGGGGAAACAAUAAUCAUAAUAAGAAUCAUAAUAGAGUCCAUCAAAACCAUUUAGAGAGAGAACAUUUGGAUAGAGAAAACAAAACCUCUAUGGAAAAGUUCAAAGAUAAAUUUAAACCGUUGCAAGUUAAAGCUGUACUGUAUGGUAUGGAGAUUAAAUGUGGUUAUGUUUUCUUGGGAUUACUCUUAACUUUUCUACUUGGUGGAAUCAAUAUUCUCUUGAUAUACCUAUUGACAGUUUAUCUUGGUACUCAGUUCAAUCAUAGUUAUCAUGAUCAAAUGAAGAAUAACUAUCCUCAUGAAGGAGAAAAUCAAGAAAUAGAAUCAAUUCAAGAUGAACAAACCAGUUCAGGAGGAAAUAACAAUCUUUUCUUGAAUAGAUCUUCACCUUCACUUCCAAGUUCAAGAGAUCAACAUACUAGAAAUAAUAGAAGAAGAUCAUCACUUUGUACAACAUUAGCAGAUUUAACAGAGUCAUCAAAUAAUACACAAAUGAAUACUCCUUAUACAUAUAAUUUCUAA